AUGAUGGACCAGGGUCUUAAGGCCAGUCAAUACAAGACCUACGAUGUGGACAACAUUCCCCAGGCCGGGGUAUACAACGCACCACCUGCCGGUAGCAACUGGCACGGUGAGGCUGUGGCUGGUGUGCCUCUUUUCCCUGACGAAACGCCUGGAAACCCGCGUUUGGGUCGCUUUGUUGUGCAGGGCUACCAGGACCUCUGGGCUGCAGUAAUCUUCCUCGCCACACUUGUCAUGACACUUGCAUGGGGAUCCUAUAAUCUCGCCACGUACGUGCCGCCUGUGAACGGUACAGUGAUAGGUAAUUCUGAUACACCGAUUUCUGAUCUGGGAGGUGAUGUUUUUGCCUUACUUGCUGUAAAUCUCAUGGUUUCCGUGGCUGGGGCAUGUGGCUCGCUGGUCCUUCUUAAUUGCUUUCCGCGUCAGUUGAUAUUCAUUGCAAAUGGGAUGACGGCUGUAAUGGCAUUGGUUGCUGCAGUGCUAUCUUUUAUUAUGGGUCAAAUUUUCGCCGGUGUUAUGUUGGUCAUCAUGUGUGGGCUUCAGGCUCUUUGGCUAUACCUUGUGCGAGACCGCAUUCCAUUCUCAGCCGAGCUGUUGAAAGCCUCUUUGUCUAUUUUGAUGCGAUACAAAGCCGUUUUUCUGUUUACUUUUGGGUUGGGUGUCCUCUCCAUUGUGUACGUAUUCUUCUGGGGCUAUACUGUUUUUCCUGUAUUGAAUCGUCUAAACAGUGGCAAUGGUGGCGUGGGGGAUGGAGUGCUGAUCACGUUUUUGAUGCUUCUCUUUUUUUGGACGGCGCAGGUGGGCUCCAAUGUAAUGCACGUAACAACGGCGGGCGUGACUGCCACGUGGUAUUUUGCUGGAGAAGAUCGGAUGCCAAGUAACCCAACACUUGCCUCGUUCAAGCGUGCGGUGACAACCAGCUUUGGUUCCAUCUGCUUUGGCUCUCUCAUCGUCGCCAUCAUCCGUACACUGCGCUGGAUGGCGGAGUCGAGCCGCAAUAACGAAAACGAUUUCUUACGAUGUAUCGCUCUCUGCUUGAUUUCUUGUCUGGAGUCCGCGAUGGAGUACUUCAACACCUACGCCUUUGUUCAUGUUGCAGUCUACGGCUGUGGCUACAUUGAGGCUGCCAAGCGAACGUGGCAGUUGUGCAAGCAGUGUUUCUUUGCUGCCUAUUUUAACGAUGCACUCAUCGGCUCUACGCUGGGUCUUCUUUCCCUCGCCGUCUCCGCACUCAUUGGUGUUGCGGUUGGACUUCUAUAUACGUCUAUUAUACUCGGCGUGCUCGCGUUUUUUGUCUCUCUUUUGGUGCACAUUAACUUCUUCUCUGCUGUGGAGAGCGCCGUGACAACACUCUUCGUGUGCUUCGCAGAGGUGCCGGAGGGACUGCAGCACUCUGCACCGGAGCUGUACGCCGCAAUGCACGCUGCAGACCAGAACGGGACGAACAACAACGCAAUGAACCCGUAG